AAAGAUGUCUUAAAGGCAGUCAAGUCGAUUAAAAAAUCAAAUGAAGAUAAAAAUGUACAUAAAUCUGAAGUCAAAACCACGCCGGAGAGUGCAAAGAAAAAAAGGAAUAAUAAAAAAGAUAGCCGAAACGAUUUAUGUAGCUUGUCUAUUGAAACGUCUUCACAACAACAGGACACAUGA